AUGAUACUAACCUAUAGAAAUAGCCCCUCAAGUCCACAACAGGAGCAUACUCAACAAAACGAACAACAAGAAGAACAAGCAAAGUUAUCUGAUCUAUCACCACCUGCUCCCUCGACACCUCCAAGUGAGUUUGAUUCAGACUCGACAACAAGAACAGAAUCUAGCUCACCUGUGUUCACUACGACUACAACAACAACAACCACCUCUACAACCCCUUCUACCUCUACACCUGCUGUUCCAUCGUCUCCACCUUCAGAUAGCAACACACAUAUACCUGAGCAGCCAACACCAGCAAAGAAGAAAGGUCGUCCACCUGGUGUCAAACCUUAUGAAUGUAGUCAGUGUCACAAGAGAGAAACACCGGAAUGGCGUAAAGGUUUUCAAGGACAGCCACUAUGUAACGCGUGUGGUCUCAAAUUUAUCAAAAAGAAUAAACAAGAAAAGAAAUCAAAAGACCGUCAUAGUUUAGGUAACAUUCUCAACCACGAAGAAGAAGAAGAGGAAGAUGACGACGAUGAUAAGACCAACAACAACAACUACUCAAGAAAGAGUAGCUCUUCAGAUAAAAAGAAGAAGAAGAAAAAGUAA